AUGUUUGGACGAACUGCCAGGCCUACUGCACGAUGUGCCAGGCAGCAACUUCAAUGCAAAGCGCGUUUCGCCAACUAUCGCUUUCAAUCCACUGCAUCCCAUGCAGCUUCCCCUGGUACAGGCAAUCCUGCUUUAAUCGGUGGCCUUGCUGGUGGAGCUGUUGCCUUCGUGACAGGAUACACCUGGUAUCACUUCUCCGGAGCCAAGACGCUCGUGAAAACCAGCAAAGCGGCGCAAGCCUACGCCGAGCAGGCCAAACAAAAAAUCGCACAGAACACACCGGAGCCAGAUGAGGCGUUUCGCUGGUUGAGAGAUACUCUCAAAGGCUAUGCUGUCUUCAUUCCUGGUGCUCGCGGCUAUGUCGACACCACAUUUGACAACCUUGAAAAGAUUCGUAACGACCACGAAAAAGAGUUCGACGAAAUAGUCACGGAUGCCUAUAAUGAGCUGAGUCAUCUCUUGAAGAAGGAGGGAUUCAAUACGGCCUCGGCUACGAAAGCGUUACAGAUCCUGCAAAAGAAUGUCGGGCGUUUGUUCGAUUUGGCUGGGAACGCCGCGGAGAACAUUCUGGACAACAACCCUCAGCUAAAGGAGAAGGUUGGUGGCAGUUUUGACCAACUGAAGCAGAUGGGCGAUACCUAUGGCCCGCAAGCGACAGAGGAGGUGAACCGCACUUAUCAACAAAUCUCCAGCAUUAUACAGCGUGGCGCUAGUAUGGAGUCGGUGGAAGAGAUCAAGAAUUUGAUCCAGGAGAAGAAGGAAAAGCUUCAGAAACUUGGCGAUGAGGCGUGGCAAAAGGGCCUAGAAGAAUCCCGGGAGUAUCUUGAAAAAAGCCCCAAGCUCAAGCAACUUAUCGAAGAGAAUGCCGAUACCUUAAGAAAAGGAAAUCUCAAGGAGUUAUGGGGCCGUGUCAAAGAUAGUGCUUCUUCAGGAAAAGUGGAGGACGCGGAGAAGUACGUCAAGGAAAAGGUCGAACAAGCGAAGAAUAGCACCGACCUGUCCAGUCUGGACAAGUGGCUCAAUAUGGUCCCGGGCGGUUCUAACGUGAUUCCCCAAUUACAAUCGCUACAGAAUAUUGCUCAAAAGAAGGGUAACCAGGCAGAGGACGUUCUCAAGGAGACCCUUGAAGAACUCCAAAGUGUGUUGAAAAAGAGAGUAGAACAGGUGGAAAAGAUUGCCGAGGAAGGAAAGCGGGAGAGCAAGUGA